CAUGCUCUUGGUGGCUAACACAACACAAAUUGGGGACGUGGAGGUACCUUCUCGUCAAUUUUGGCGCAUACCAUAUAUUAUGCUAGUAGGAGGAACGAAGAAUGUCAAGUGAAGAAGAAUAAGGCAGUUGAGAUUUUAAGGCUCGUGCCCUUCCUUCAGUCACCCCAUCUUCUCAUUUUCACUUCCCACCUAACUUUUCCCUGUCUCUCUUCCCCUUCCCCUUCUUCCACCAUCCACCAAAAAUGGAUAAUUCAACACAAGAAUCCCAUCUCCGAUCCGAUAACAACUCCGUAACAUACGAUUCCCCAUACCCACUCUACGCCAUGUCCAUCUCUCCCAACACAAAUUCCCCACAACAACGUAUCGCCGUCGGAAGCUUCAUCGAAGAAUACACAAACCGCAUCGAUAUUCUCAAUUUCAACCCCGAUACCCUCUCACUCAAACCUCAACCUUCACUCUCCUUCGAUCACCCUUACCCACCAACCAAACUCAUGUUCCAUCCCGCCACACAUUCUUCUCUCCAGAAAACCUCCUCCGACCUCCUUGCUACCUCCGGUGACUAUCUCCGUCUCUGGGAAGUUCGUGAAAAUUCCGUUGAAGCUCUUUCUCUUUUCAACAAUAGCAAAACCAGUGAGUUUUGUGCUCCUUUAACAUCAUUUGAUUGGAAUGAAAUUGAGCCCAAACGAAUUGGAACUUCAAGUAUUGACACUACUUGUACUAUCUGGGACAUUGAAAGAGGCGUUGUUGAAACGCAGUUAAUUGCGCAUGAUAAAGAGGUUUAUGAUAUUGCUUGGGGGGAAUCAAGGGUUUUUGCUUCGGUUUCUGCUGAUGGGUCUGUUAGGAUUUUUGAUUUAAGGGAUAAAGAGCAUUCAACAAUUAUCUAUGAAAGUCCGCAACCUGAUACCCCUUUGCUUCGUUUAGCUUGGAACAAGAAGGAUUUGAGGUAUAUGGCCACGAUUUUGAUGGAUAGUAAUAAAGUUGUGAUUUUGGAUAUUAGAUCACCAACUACACCGGUCGCGGAAUUGGAGAGACAUCGCGCUGGUGUUAAUGCUAUUGCUUGGGCUCCAAGAAGUUCAAAGCAUAUUUGUUCCGGUGGGGAUGAUGCACAGGCUCUUAUUUGGGAGUUGCCGGCUGUAGCUGGUCCGAAUGGGAUUGAUCCGAUGACUACGUAUUCUGCUGGUUGUGAAAUUAAUCAGCUUCAGUGGUCUGCUGCUCAGCCUGAUUGGAUUGCUAUUGCUUUUGCUAAUAAAAUGCAGCUUUUGAGGGUUUGAGUUUGAAUUUCAGGUGAGGGAAUAAUUUACUUGUAGUUCUGGAAAACCAAUUACUCAUUGUGUUGUUGUUGUUGUUGUAAGUUGUGACUGAUGAGUAGUUUAGUUUAACUUGAUCAUCUAUUAAAUUAUAGAAGUAUGCCAUGACAUGGAUUCUUUUGGUGGUCUUAAAGUAUUGCUGUAUCUCAUAUGUGAGAGUGGGUUGGUUACUGUAAUUGUUGGGUAGGGCGAACUAUUUUAGUUUCAUGUUUUACUUAUAGCAUAAAUUGAGGUUACAUUUGCUUGUUCAAUUGAA